CUCACACAACUACUUUUACCCACGUAAGCAACAACUUAAACCAAACCAUGGGUAGUUAUACUUAUUCACACGAAACAAGAUCUACCUUUUCCGAAACCAAUUUUCAAGAAAACCAACACCAAAACCUCGAAUUUUCAGAUCAAACAACGUUUGACCACGAAACCAAAUCUGGGUUCCUCAGGAAACAAGAUUCUUGGCCCAAAAACAGCACACCCAGAAGGAAAAAUCAAGUGUUUCUUGAAGGGUAUGUAGAGACAUCCGAUGAAGAUGAACUUGUUAGGGCUAAAAGUUUAACAGAUGAAGAUCUUGAUGAACUUAAAGGGUGUUUGGAUUUAGGGUUUGGGUUUAGUUAUGAUGAAAUUCCGGAGCUUUGUAACACUUUGCCGGCGUUGGAGUUGUGUUAUUCUAUGAGUCAGAAGUUUCUUGAUGAUCAACAGAAGUCGCCGGUGGUUGAUGAACCGGUUUCCUCCCCACCUCCGAUUGCCAAUUGGAAGAUUUCUAGCCCUGGUGAUCGUCCUGAAGAUGUGAAAGCAAGACUCAAGUAUUGGGCACAAGCAGUAGCUUGCACAGUUAGAUUAUGCAACUAAAGAUUUUGUUAAAUAAAUCACCAUAUGAGAAAAUCCAAGAUUUGGCCUUGAGAUGGAUGCUUGAGUUUCUGUUGAUGAGGGGUUGCAAAUUCCAGAAUUAGAACAAGAAAAUGAAGACAAAUCAAAUGAGUUAUGAUGAAUUUAACUAAUAGAGCAGCUUGUAUCAAGUUUUGACACAAUCUCAACCAAGGCAAAAUUGAUUGAUGGCUUGUAAAUUAUGGUCAUUGAAUAAAAUCUGGAAAUUGAUGUUAAUCUGGUUUCUGUUUUUUUUUUUCUUUUUUCUUUUCCUGUUAUUGCCAUAUUAAUGUAGAAAAGAAAUACAAUACAAUAUAAAUAAAUAAAGAUAAAAUAUAAAGGGUUUGUUUAUCACA